CAAAUCCCACCACCCCAAGAGCAGAUACAACAACAUCUACAACAAAAGAAUACAAACAUCCAUAACAAAAUACAUAUCCAUUUCGUUUUUCGGUGAGAGAUGGAGAUGGGUGUUGUUCUUCUCUACAUAUUCUUCGUUGGCCCUGUCCUUGUUUCCUAUAUCUUGAUGAGAAAAUACAAGUAUUGUACAAGAGCUAAGUUUCCUCCAGGUUCAAUGGGCUGGCCUUAUAUUGGAGAGACUUUCCAGUUCUACUCUCAAGACCCAAAUGUCUUCUUUGCAUCAAAACAAAAAAGGUAUGGAGAGAUAUUCAAGACCCAUUUGCUGGGAUACCCUUGUGUGAUGCUGGCUAGCCCUGAGGCUACUAGGUUUGUGUUGGUGACCCAAGCCCACCUAUUCAAGCCCACCUACCCAAGAAGCAAGGAGCUGCUGAUCGGCCCAUCUGCGCUUUUCUUCCACAAAGGUGAUUACCACACACGCCUGAGGAAACUGGUGCAGGGCCCUUUAUCUCCAGACGCCAUCAGAAACCUUGUCCCCGACAUCGAAUCCAUCUCUGCCUCCGUUUUGGUCUCAUGGGCUGGUGGCCGUGUCAUUAACACCUUCCACGAAAUGAAAAAGCUUUCUUUCGACGUUGGUAUCCUUUGUAUCUUUGGUCGCUUGGACGCCCGAUACAAGGAACAACUGAAGAAGAACUACUUCAUAGUAGAUAAUGGCUACAACUCAUUUCCAACGAACAUCCCAGGAACUGCAUACAACAAGGCAGUGAAGGCAAGGAAAAGGCUUGCUAAGAUUCUAAGUGAGAUUGUCUACCAAAGGAAAGAGAAGGGAUUAGUAGAGAAAGAUCUACUAGGCCAUCUCAUGAACUCAAAAGACAUGAAAGGAGAGUUCCUGACCGAUGAUCAAAUCGCUGACAACAUCAUCGGCGUGCUUUUUGCCGCACAGGACACCACUGCCAGUGUCCUAACAUGGAUUCUCAAGUACCUCCAUGAUAACCCAAAACUUCUAGAAACUAUAAGAGCAGAACAAAGAGCAAUACAUGAAUCAAAUGAGGGAGGAAACAUACAACUGACAUGGUCCCAAACAAGGAACAUGCCAAUAACUUAUAGGGUUAUAAUGGAGAGCUUGAGAAUGGCAAGCAUCAUAUCUUUCACAUUUAGAGAAGCAGUUGCAGAUGUGGAAUACAAAGGAUAUUUGAUUCCCAAAGGCUGGAAAGUGAUGCCUUUAUUCAGGAACAUUCAUCACAACCCAGAAUUCUUCCCUGAUCCUCAAAAGUUUGACCCUUCAAGAUUCGAGGUUUCACCAAAGCCUAAUACAUUCGUGCCAUUUGGCAAUGGCGUGCAUGCAUGUCCUGGAAAUGAGCUUGCCAAGCUGGAGAUGCUCAUCUUUAUUCAUCAUCUGGUGACUAAAUUCAGGUGGGAAGUGGUGGGACCCAAGAGUGGGAUUGAGUAUGGCCCAUUCCCUGUCCCCAAGCAUGGUCUUCCAGCUAGGUUUUGGAAGGAAUCCAGCAGCCAAAGAUACGGGUGCGCAUGAUAGCAUUGGCCCUUCCUACAAUCACAUCAGCCAGCCAAGCUCAACCCAAAGCUCAGCAAAACAUGGAAAGGAGCCUCUAAUUUCUAUUUACCAUGUUAUCAGUUUUAAUCAAGUGAACUUUUCUGAUUAA